UCAGAUUCUCACAACCAACAAUUCCAAGCUCCUGAAGAGAAGACAGAUCACAAUACUAUAGUACACAUGUCGAGAAGCAGACUCGCUCUCUUGUCGAGAAGACGAUAGGUCGCUGAAUUCUGGAUCCGAAACGAAUAGUCGUUUUUUAAAAAAGGCCCGUAUAAACGAAACCGACACCGUACCGCCCUAUUUUUGUCCUAAGCUACCACUAAACGGUGCCGUGUGACUGAUUUCAAAUACAUAUUCUUCUACAGAUUUCUUAGGGAACCAAAUUAACGGCGGCGGGUACCUGAUUCUGAAGCAAUGGACAUCACCGAUUCGCUGUAUCCAAAUAGAGCGUUAACGGAAACGCGCUUCUCCGAUCUAAAACCGUCACUCUCAGAGCCUGUUCUCGAAGCUCUAACUCUAGCAGGUUUCGAAUAUUGCACGCCGGUCCAAGCAGCCACGAUUCCGCUACUAUGCAGCUACAAGGAUGUUGCAGUCGACGCCGCAACCGGCUCUGGAAAAACCCUUGCUUUCGUAGUCCCCCUUGUCGAGAUUCUCCGUCGAGCCUCCUCUCCUCCCAAACCCCACCAGGUGAUGGGAAUAAUUCUCUCUCCUACUAGGGAGUUGUCAUCACAAAUAUAUAACGUUGCUCAACCUUUCAUUGCAACUUUAUCGAAUGUUAAGUCGAUUCUCCUUGUUGGCGGGGUGGAUGUGAAAGCUGAUUUGAAGAAAAUAGAGGAGGAAGGAGCUAAUUUAUUGAUUGGAACGCCUGGAAGGCUUUAUGACAUCAUGGAACGUGUGGAUUUCCUGGACUUUCGAAACCUUGAGGUUUUAAUCUUGGAUGAGGCUGAUCGACUCUUGGAUAUGGGAUUCCAAAAGCAGAUAAAUUCCAUUAUAUCUCACUUACCCAAGCUUCGCAGGACUGGUCUUUUCUCAGCUACUCAAACUGAGGCAGUUGAAGAGUUGUCCAAAGCUGGACUGAGGAAUCCUGUGAGGGUUGAAGUUCGAGCAGAAACCAAAUCACUGAAUGAAUCAGCAUCUUUGCAAUUAGCUUCUUCAAAAACACCUUCAGGCCUUCAACUUGAGUAUUUGGAAUGCGAAGCAGAUAAUAAACCGUCUCAGCUUGUUGAUCUCCUUAUUAAGAACAAGUCAAAAAAGAUUAUAAUAUACUUUAUGACUUGUGCGUGUGUUGAUUAUUGGGGUGUUCUUCUUCCACGGCUUAGUGCUUUAAAGGGCUUCUCUUUGAUUCCUCUUCAUGGGAAAAUGAAGCAGACUGCAAGAGAGAAAGCAUUGGCUUCAUUUACAUCUCUCACAAAUGGGAUUCUUCUAUGUACGGAUGUUGCAGCACGUGGACUUGAUAUUCCAGGUGUUGAUUGUAUAGUGCAGUAUGAUCCUCCUCAGGAUCCAAACGUUUUCAUUCACAGAGUUGGCCGAACUGCUCGGUUGGGUAGACAAGGAAGCGCUAUCGUUUUCCUUUUGCCAAAGGAGGAAGCUUAUGUAGAAUUUCUGCAUAUAAGAAGGGUUCCUCUUCAAAAGAAGGAAGGUUCAGAUGACGCUCCUGAUGUUGUUCCUCAGAUACGGUCUGCUGCCAAGAAGGACCGAGAUGUCAUGGAGAAGGGACUGAGAGCAUUUGUUUCAUUUAUCCGUGCAUAUAAAGAGCAUCAUUGCUCGUACAUUUUCAGAUGGAAAGAACUUGAAGUUGGGAAGUUGGGCAUGGGAUAUGGCUUAUUGCAGCUUCCUUCAAUGCCUGAGGUAAAGCACCACUCACUUUCAACCAUUGGUUUUACUCCAGUUGAAGACCUCAAAUUGGAGGACAUCAAAUACAAGGAUAAAUCUCGGGAGAAACAAAGGAAGAGGAAUUUGCAAGUGAAGAAAGAAGCACAACAGCAAGAACCAAAACCUCAGAAGCCCAACAAGGCCCCCAAUGCUGCCCCAACGGUUAUGAGGAAAAAAACAGCUAAGCAGAGACGGGCUGCCCAGACAAUUGAAGAUGAAGAUGAAUUAGCGAGGGAAUAUCGAUUACUGAAAAAGCUAAAGAAGGGGACCAUCGAUGAAAGUGAAUUUGCAAAGUUAACUGGAACUGAAGAAUUACUAUAAAAAUGCAUGAUCUGCAACUGGCCAUUUUGUGAACUGACAUGCUUAGGUUUCUGCUGGGACCUGACACUAGAGCUUACAAAAGAGAAAAGGGAGUUAAAGCACUUAUUAUGCAGGUUGACUGCAUCUGGAGGUUUUGUUGAAGACUAGAUUGGCACAACAGAUUGAGUUCUAGAUUUUCUUUCAAUGUUAUUUCUAUCUUAGAUCAAAUUUCAUGCAUUGUAUUUAAAUAUUGCAAGAAAAGGAUCAAAACCAAAGGAUUUGUAUCUUGAUGUUGGUUAUUACAGAUCUAUACACAAAUAAAAAAAUUUUGAUCCUACAGCACAUUUUAUUCAAA